AUGUCACCUACAUUUGAUAUUGCAAGAUACCCAACUAUUGAAACUAUACGCCUAUUAGCCUCCUUGUUGGAACGCAUGUGUGUAGCCAAUGAUCAGCUAUCUCGAGUCGUCUCUACCAGUCGCAACAGCAAAGACCUUGGUCGUCGGGCUUCUUCUGCCUCUCUCGUCGCCGCUUCUUCACAAGCAGAUGCCACUCCUCUAACCGACAUUACGCAUUGCACUCGCUUCCAUGCUCGCACUCUUCCCAACAUUGACAUUUUUUCCUACUUGUCUCGCAUCUUGAAGUAUUGUCCUUGUUCCAAUGAAUGCUUCCUCAGCUUGUUGGUGUACUUUGACCGCAUGUCCAAGAACUCCUUGUCGCGUACAGGCAGACCUUUCACCAUUGACUCAUACAACAUCCAUCGACUCCUUAUUACCGGUAUCAUGGUAUCGAGCAAAUUCUUCAGCGAUGUCUACUAUACCAACACGAGAUAUGCAAAGGUUGGCGGACUAUCAGUGGGUGAACUUAACAACCUCGAAUUGGAGUUCCUUGCAUUGAACGACUUUAACUUGUCCGUACCGAUCAGUGAACUACAGCGAUAUGGAGAUCAAUUGAUCAAAGUCGGCUUUAUGGAACAAGAAAUGCUCAAGAGUCUCAUGUACGAGAAGCCUUCAUCUUACAACAACAACAAUCCUGGGGCAGUGCGACAUGCUCGUUCCACCUCUUUGGGCUCAUCCACUGCCAUGCGUCAUCAUUCGGAUAACACUAUUGAUCGGCUUUGCGACAUGACAACUGGUUUAACUAUGGAUGAUCAUCGUCGUGCCAUUUUCGAUUCGUUGCCACAGCAACCACCACAACAACAACAACAGCAACCUGGAUACACAGCCUAUACAAGUCAACAACCUUUGCUUACAAAGAUGUCAUCAAAUGGAAGCUUACGAUCAGGAGGAGUUCGAAGAAUGACGAGCUUGGGAAAUAUGAAUAUGCAUUAUCCUCAAUCACCACAUGCUGGAUACAACACUCCCAUGUCCAACCAUGAUAGCCCUAUCGCAUUAGCUGGAGACGAUGAUGAUUAUCGCCGCACAAAUCAAUACACGACAUCCUCGUCAGCUAUAUUUCAACGUGGUGCAUCACCUGAUAGACGGCAACAACGACAUAGUAUGGUGGUUGGUGAUGUGUGGCGUCAAUCGACUUGUUCACCUCCUCCACAACAAUACGUACGACAACGCCAUGGUAGCAUGGGAUUGGUUGCAGGUCGAAGCAAUAGUCCUGAUACGUCCAUUUGGCAACCGUUGCCAGCGCAACACAAUCAGCAUCGUUUACCACGUCAUUCACGUUCAAGCAUCAACCUUUAUCAGCAAGCGAACUUUCGAAAGUCAACACCACCAGGUCUUGUUGAUCCCACUGCUGCUGCUGCUGCCAUGUCAUAUGGAUCUUAUUAUUCGUACAAUGCUCAUCCGCAUCCACUUGGUAUUCCUACACCUCCACCUUCUUCAUCACCGAUUCACCAUCAUACCAAGCAACAGCAGCAACAACAACAACAGACGACUUGCCCAUAUCAAUCCGUGUCAUCAUCAUCACCAUCCUCCUCCUCCUCGUACUCUGCAGCGGGUCAUUUCCCAUCACAAUCUUCCAUGUAUUUAUAA